CUCUUAGCUUAUUCUCACAACGAGAGGCAGAAGUAAAACAGUUCCUAAGAAGAAACAUUCAUUACAUAACAUAUAGUAAUCCUAUAUGGCCAAAGACGUGGGAGGAGCAGAGGGAUACGCGGCGAGGGACUACGAAGAUCCGCCGCCAACUCCGUUUUUCGAUGCGGAGGAGCUGACCAAGUGGUCUUUGUACAGAGCCGUCAUCGCCGAGUUCGUAGCCACUCUCCUCUUCUUGUACGUCACUGUUUUGACUGUCAUCGGCUACAAGAUUUCCUCCGACACUAAGGCCGGAGGCGACGAGUGCGGAGGCGUCGGAAUCCUCGGCAUCUCAUGGGCUUUCGGCGGCAUGAUCUUCAUCCUAGUCUACUGCACCGCCGGUAUCUCAGGUGGUCACAUAAACCCUGCCGUGACGUUCGGCUUGUUCUUGGCAAGGAAGGUAUCGUUGGUUAGAGCGGUGCUAUACAUGGUGGCUCAGUGUUUGGGUGCUAUUUGUGGAGUUGGUUUCGUCAAAGCUUUCCAAAGCUCUUACUACGUCCGUUACGGUGGAGGAGCAAACUCUCUAGCCGAUGGAUACAGCACGGGGACUGGACUCGCUGCAGAGAUCAUCGGAACAUUCGUCCUUGUCUACACUGUUUUCUCCGCUACAGAUCCCAAAAGAAACGCACGAGACUCCCACGUUCCCGUGUUGGCGCCACUUCCAAUUGGAUUUGCCGUGUUCAUGGUUCACUUGGCCACUAUUCCAAUCACCGGAACCGGGAUUAACCCGGCUAGGAGUUUUGGAGCUGCGGUUAUCUACAACGAGUCCAAGCCGUGGGAUGACCAUUGGAUAUUCUGGGUGGGACCAUUCAUCGGAGCUGCGAUUGCUGCAUUUUAUCACCAGUUCGUUCUAAGAGCUUCUGGUUCCAAAUCCCUCGGAUCCUUCAGAAGUGCUGCCAACGUUUGAGUUACUGUUAUGUUUAAAUGAGGCACGUGAUUUUAAAAUGUGUCCAGUCCUCUGUCUUUUUUUUUCUUUCUUCCUCUGCUUUUAUAUGUGUGAUUCUAGUUAAUGGAGUUUGAGUGGUUUUCGUUUUCAAUGUCACUGAGUUUGUUUAUUGAUUAAAAAAGUUGAACACAUUGCUUCACUUA